CCUCUGCCGACUAGCUCCCCUACCAGUGGUUAGUAAUGCCGUGGUGAACAAUGGUGAUUUAGUGGUGUUUUGUCGCCCUUUUUAGCUUUUUCAACCCUUUGGGCGUCCCAUCUCGCGACCACGAACCCUCCAAGGGCGUUCCGACGUUGGCGUGAUGGUGAUCGGCGUGUGCGUCAUCGCGGAAAAACAGUUGAAAGUGGUGACAAAUCGGCUGGUGUUUCGUUACUUUCGUUAAUAAUUAAAGGACACUUGUGGCUAAUUGCCGCUGGGGGUGGGCCUGUGAACGCGAAGGGGUUGUUCUUGGCGUGUGAGGGUGGCGGCGGCAGAGCCGGCCUAGCAAAUGGCGCCCGAUUCAAAUGUCAAUGUAAACAAACAAACGAAGAGGUGCUAAGAUGGAGCCGAUUUUGCAGAGGUUUGGGGAUGUCACCAUCCAGAGGCUGGAGAAGCCGAAAGUGGGACCCCCGGGGGAUGGCGGGCCCGUGGACAAAGGGAAAGAGGAGAAGGAAGAGUCGAGUGGACCAGAGGACGAGAGCAACGACGAGACCAUCAACUUGAAGAGGUCCUUUCCAGAGUCCCAGAUCUCCAUCAAGAAGUUCAAGUUUGACCCCAGUACGAUAACACUUGAGAAGAAGCCGGCGGAAGACACCGCGAGUGAGUUAAAAAAGAGUGAUGAUUUGGAGAAACGAAAAGUGAUGACUAGUGAUGAAAUGAACUUUAGUGAUACAGACAUUUCGGACUUUGAAAGUGAGUCGGAACUGGAAUCGGACGGGGAGUUGGGACCUAGUGUAAAAGACGCGGGUAAAGUGAACUCUGACGACGAGUUUAGCACUUCCUCUUUUCUCGACAAGCUAGUGGACGAUGAAUCAUUUGCACCUUCAGAGCCUGAAACUCCUAAACCCGCAGAGAGCAGUACGACUGAUAACGAAGACUACGAUUUCGACAUUAAAGAAAAAUUAAAAGAAAUGGGGGAAAUAAGCUUCCAGACUGUUAAAAAAGGGGAAGUGAAACCCAAAAAAGUCGAAGUUUCGACAGAAAAUGAGGUUGUAGUAACACCUGCUCGAAAACCAGGUACCAACGAUGACGAUGUUUCCGAACGGAAGGGGCUAAAUCUCCGGCGAAAUAUUCGCGAAGUUAUGGACGAAACCAAACUCGAUGAGUCUACUUUAGCAGCGCAACGCCAAGAAAUGGAACGUCUUCAACGCGUCCAAGAGCAACAACGGAUUUUGCGGGAGUUUCAAAGACAAGCAGCCCAGGAGCGUAUGCAAAACAAAGUAAUCUCCCUCCUACAAGGAAAUAAUUUUUCUAAACCUGGCCCUUCGACCACUAGAAUUGGAAAUACAGUGUUGGUAAAAUUACCAAAUGGGCAAACUAAACCUAUGACUAGAUUACCAAAAAGACCUUUUGAUUUAGUGCGAGUACAGAAAAACGCGGGACCUGCGCCCCUGUCUCCUGCAAAGGGGCCCAGAGGUUUAAUUCCUAUGAAAAAACCAGGGACUAAUUUGACUCCGAGUGUUAGUAUAGCACCAGUUACAAAGAAGUUUCCGCCAAUGAAAGCAAGGAGUGAUAGUGAGAGUGAAGAAGAUAUUAAGCCAGAUCCUAAGUUAUUAAAACUUCCUGCCAAAGAACCCGUUACAACCAUCGACAUCUCGUCGGACGAAGACUGUAUCGUCGUCUCCGAACCGGAAGCUGAGCAAGAUGACGAUCCCGAAGACGAUCCCAGCAAUUCCGGCAUGCACACGAACGACGAAUUCAACCAACCAGAUGACCAAGGUAGAGUCGUCGUCAACAUCGGUCAUCCGGAAAACGAACCGGAUCUGUUCCUAGCCCCUCAAAUUGCGCGGGUCAUCAAACCCCACCAAAUCGGUGGGGUUAGGUUCCUUUACGACAACGUCAUCGAAAGCACGACGCGAUACGAAAGCUCCGCCGGUUUUGGGUGCAUUCUUGCCCAUUCCAUGGGUCUGGGUAAAACGUUGCAGGUGGUUUGUUUCUCGGACAUUUUCCUGCGGCACACUCCGGCCAGAACCAUACUGUGCAUAAUGCCUAUAAAUACAUUGCAGAAUUGGAUGGCAGAGUAUAACAUGUGGUUGCCGACAGAGGAUAAUGCACCUAAUAGUCCACUUAUGGUCCAUGGUGAAGUGAGACCUCGUAAUUUUAAUCUUUAUGUUUUGAAUGACAGUCAUAAGACGCUGGCGGCACGGCAUAAGGUGAUUCACGCGUGGAAAUCGGGGGGUGGAGUGCUUUUGAUCGGGUACGAACAGUUUCGGUUGUUGUCGUUGAGGAAGCACCCGAAGUCGCGGAAGAAGACGAACUCUGCGGAACCGGCUGACGACGACAAGAAUAAAGCGUUGUUUGACGAUGUACAUGAAGCCUUAGUGAAACCAGGUCCGGACUUGGUCAUCUGCGAUGAAGGCCACCGUAUUAAAAACUCCCACGCGUCAAUCUCCCAAGCUUUGAAGCAAAUGCGAACGAAACGACGCGUUGUUUUGACCGGAUACCCUCUACAGAACAACUUAAUGGAGUACUGGUGCAUGGUAGACUUCGUCCGACCCAACUAUCUUGGCUCAAAGACUGAAUUUUGUAAUAUGUUUGAACGACCAAUCAUGAACGGCCAGUGUAUAGACUCCACCGAAGCCGACAUCAAACUCAUGCGUUACAGAGCCCACGUUCUGCAUUCACUGUUGGUCGGUUUUGUUCAACGACGCUCUCACGCCGUACUCCAAACCGCCCUCCCGCAAAAAGAAGAAUACGUUUUGUUGGUACGGAUGUUGCCUUUCCAGCGCAAGCUCUACGAGACUUUCAUGGACGAGUUCGUGCGCUCUCAAGCCGUCCCCAACCCCCUGAAAGCGUUCGCCGUUUGCUGCAAGGUCUGGAACCACCCGGACGUGUUGUACAAUUUUCUGAAGAAGAGAGCCCGCGGCGACGCCGUCGACAUAGAUUUGGAGGAAGUGGCGAGCACGACGGGGGUGCCGACCAAGAGCGAGAAGCCGAAAAAGGCGCCAUCGAGGCCUAGGAAGGGUGCCGCGAGGGAGAAAAAGGGAGGCAAACCGGCGGCUUCCGUGACUCCGUAUAGCACGAACGCGCCGGUGGAAGCCAAUCAGAACCAAGCUCCUGGCACGCCGACGCCGACGACCAAUCCGACGCCGCCGCAACCGCAACCACCGCCACCCGUGGCUUCUGCCAGCGCGGAGGUGUCGAACUUCGCACAAAAUAACUUCUUCGACGGAGCGUCGCAGCAAUUUAAUAAUUUUGAAAAUUCGAAUAGUUUUAGUAGUUACGGACAGGAAGCGUCGACUAAUUUUAUGAACUCGCAAAAUAGUUUCGUUAAUAACAUAUCAGACAAUUCCCAGUUCGGACCGAAUUAUGGUAGCAGUAAUCAGCAGAAUUUUAAUUACGACGGCUCGUACCAGAACUACCAGCAGAACUAUUGGGGGCAGCAAAAUGAGGGGUUUCAGAGUAACGAAUUUUUCAACCAGCAACAGUAUAAUCCGAAUUUUAGUAAUAAUAAUGCGAACCAGUCAUGGGUGAAGAAGGAGGAGAAACCCGCGAUAAUGGGAGCUCCGAGCCCGCUAAAAUCCGAAAAUAGCAAUGAAUCAAAACCGAAGAUUAACAUAAUUAGCGAUAUUAAACUGCCGUCGGUUUUUAAUAGUCCGGAGAAGAAAAUUAAGAUUUUGAGUGAUAUUAAAAUUGAGCCAAAGAUUGAGGAAUUGGAUGAUAAGUCUGACAUUAAACCUGAAAUGAAGAAAUUGAUUAAGGACGAGUUGAAGAAUGAGUUGAGUCUGGGUGAUGAGAAUUUGGGCGAGUCUGCGCUGACACCGAAACUAGCAGCUAAGGAUCUUAAGGAAGACAGCGGAAUUCCCUACGAUUGGGCGAUCGAACUGUUGAAGGAUUAUGUACCUGGUCGUAUCGAAAAUUCGGCGAAAAUGGAAAUCCUGUUUUGUAUAAUUAGAGAAAGUAUAGCCUUGGGUGAUAGAUUGUUAGUUUUUAGUCAAUCGUUGAUUACGCUUGAUCUGAUCGAGCAGUUCCUACAAAUGAACGUUGUACCGGGUGAUACGCAGAAGUGGAGUCGCAACACCAGUUAUUACCGUUUGGACGGCUCCACCAGCGCUCUAGAACGCGAAAAACUCAUAAACGAAUUUAAUUCAAAUCCGAAGAUCCACCUCUUCCUAGUGUCAACACGAGCCGGUUCCUUAGGCAUAAACUUAAUCGGAGCGAAUCGUGUCGUCGUCCUCGACGCUUCCUGGAACCCCUGCCACGACACCCAAGCCGUCUGUCGCGUUUACAGAUACGGUCAAAGAAAACCCUGCUUCGUCUACCGUCUCGUAGUCGACAACUGCCUCGAAAAGAAAAUCUACGACAGACAAAUAAACAAACAGGGAAUGUCGGACCGAGUCGUCGACGAAUGCAAUCCGGACGCUCACUUGACGAUGAAAGACGUGAGCACGCUUUGCUGGGACGACAAGAAGGACGAAGGAGAUGAGAAGGACUGGACGCACGUGAGGGAUAAUUACAUAGACGUGGUGUUGCAAAAGGUGAUCGAGAAUCACGGAAGAAGACUGAAUAAGGAGCCUUUUCAACACGAGUCGCUACUGGUGGACCGGAAGGAAAAGCAGCUGUCGCAACAGGAGAAACGAUUGGCGAAGAAGGGUUACGAAAGGGAGAAACAGGCAGCAAGACAACCGGCUUAUAAUUUAUUGGCUGGUGGCAGAGGCCAUCGGCCUGUGGCGUCCGUCCGACCGAUGCAGCAAGGCAACGAACGACCUUCGAGGUGGAUUCCGGCAGAGCACUGGCAGAGGCAAGGCAUGACCGCACAAGAAAUGACACUUCCUUUGGAUGUUGUGAUCCCGACCAAUCAACCAGAGAAGGGCAACAUAGUGCUGAAGGCCGGGCAGAAGGUCCUAGUUUUGAAGUCGCCCAAAGGUGUAUACAUGCAACUGGAAAGUGGAAAAAUCGUGGCAAUCAAAACCGCGAUUAAAGUUAAAGGAAAAGCAGAAGAUAAUCACGAUCCUACCAAGAUGCUCAAACCCACGUUUCCGCCAACGAUGAAAGUCAACCCUUCCUUGUCAGUAAUGCCGCAGAAGAGGGUGGUAAAACCUUUUACUCCCGGUAUCGCUAAGAUGAAUGUAAGAAGUAUUCGGCAGUCAGUUCCUAAUUUGGUGUCGCGGAUUCAGAAUUUCAAUAAGAAAGAUUUAGGAUUCAGUAGCAAAUCGAUACUGAAUCGGAAAGAAGGCGAGAGGAAACAGCCGUUAAGGGGAAAAGACCUGGAGGUGUUCCCCGGAAGUAGUAGUGACGAAGAACACAUGCAAAACGAAAGGGGUAAGCCUGCUAUGGACCCGGGGAUGGUGAACAGAAUCGCGGUUCCCGAUGAUAUACAGAGGAGGAUUUCCAUGCUGAAGAAGCAGGUUUCGAUUAAGAGGUUACCGAAUCAACCGGAGCAGAAAGCGGCGUCGGCGUUGCAGAGGUUGGAGCAGACGACGACGUCAGUCUUGAAUGACAACACACCAUUCCAGGAGACCCUCGACAGCAUCACGAAUUCGUACAAAGACGACGCCCUCGAGGACGACGCCUCUCUCGCCUCUUCCAGCGACCCCAAGCAACCUUCCCAAAUCCCAAGUGACGCUAGCGACCACAGCGACGAAGUGACUUACGUGUCAGAGCAGCCUCCACCGCAACCGUACCAACAACCGCCUGCGAAUCAGGCCGAAAUGAAAACCGAACCGCCCUCCAACGAUUACUACAAUUACUACAACUACAAUAUGCAGCCGUACCACAAUGCGCCUCCGCCGCCGCCUCCUCAAGGCUACGGUUAUCCCACUCAACCUCCCCCCUACGACAUGAUGGGUUAUCCUCCACAGCCCCAGCAGCCUCCCCAGUACAAUUACGGUUACCAGGGCUAUCCUCCUCCACCUCAGCCGCACUACCCGCCGCCGCCCCCGCAACCCGGCGGCUACGACUAUAACGCCCCUUACGGCGGGUAUCAUAAUCCGUAUCCCCAACAGUAUCCUCCUCCACCGCCUCCACAAGGUAUGUAUCCUCCUCCUCCAACGCCCAAUAGUACGCCGCAAGGGUACCAAGAUUAUCAGUACCAGCAAAUGAACAGUACAACAAAUGCGGCACCUUAUUAUCCUAACACAUAAAGUGGUGAUUCCCUUUUUUUCCUUUUGACUGUAAGUAGUGCAAUUAUUGUUGAAUUGAUUGUAACUUUAUUUUUUCCUCUCUCUGAACGUAUACCAGAUGUUGCAUGGUAGGUCUUACGCGUCUUUACGUUGAUAGAUGAUAGAUCUGUGUUAAACGGAAUAUGUUAGAAGAGGUUUUUCGCUUAAUAGUAUUACUCUCCAUGAUGUUGAUAAAUGUAUUUAAUUUAUCUUGUAACAAGGUACUUUGAAGUGCGAACUGAUAUUUUUUAUUGUUUUGAGUCUAGAUUACUGUUUUUUUUCUCGAGCAUUUAUUAUGUAAAAGUACAGAUUUACGAUUCGGUUAGUACUAUUUCUAAUUAAAUUAUAUUAUUUAGAGCAAA